UGCCUGUCCCCCGCAGAGGUCCUCCGCGAGCUGGACGAGUACUACGAGAAGCUCAAGCGCGAGGCGGACGGCGCCCUGAAGCGGCGGCUGCUGCACUGCAUCCAGCGGGCGCUGAUCCGCAGCCAGGAGCUGGGCGACGAGAAGAUCCAGAUCGUGAGCCAGAUGGUGGAGCUGGUGGAGAACCGCGCCCGGCAGGUGGACAGCCACGCCGAGCUCUUCGAGGCGCACCCCGAGGCGGGCGAGCCCGCGGGCCACAGCGGCAGAGCCGGCCAGGAGAAGGCCAAGGGCGAGGCGGGCCUGCCGGCCGAGAAGCCCAACAACAAGCGGUCCCGCCGGCAGCGCAACCACGAGAACCGCGAGAACGCGGCCAGCAACCACGACCACGAGGACGCGGCGGCCGGCACGCCCCGGGAGAAGAAGGCCAAGGCCUCCAAGAAGAAGAAGCGCGCCAAGGCCAAGGCGGAGCGGGAGGCGUCGCCCGCCGACCUGCCCAUCGACCCCAACGAGCCCACGUACUGUCUGUGCGACCAGGUCUCCUACGGGGAGAUGAUCGGCUGCGACAACGACGAGUGCCCCAUCGAGUGGUUCCACUUCUCCUGCGUGGGGCUCAACCACAAACCCAAGGGCAAGUGGUACUGCCCCAAGUGCCGCGGGGACAGCGAGAAGACCCUGGACAAGGCGCUGGAGAAGUCCAAGAAGGACAGGGCCUACAGCAGGUAGCUCGGGCGGCCGGGCGGGCGGGGCCUCGG